GGCAAACUGAUGCAACUUUUAACCACUUCGUAUUUUCCCCCACCAGGAAGCUUAUCCUCAACAAUUAGUCGAGAACCAGUUUUAUUAGAAGAAAGUGAAAGCACUCUUUCUACCUCUAUCGCUAGAGAACCGGUCUGAAAACUUACAAACGGCGCAUGAUGUUCAGCACAAUCCUUUCUAGAUCGAUGACGAUAUUGAAUUUUAGAGAUGAUGCAAUUUGCGUGAUUCAGUUCCUAAAAUGAUCAUCAAAGUUUCGAGGAACAAGGGGGUGUAGCAUGUACGUGGCAUAAUGUGAAAGAACCACAUUUCUUCCGACGUGGUCUUAAGACGUAAUAUAAGUCCACCAACAAAACCUCUUCUUCAAAGUUCGAUUUGUCUCUUCAGUCAGAUGUCAGUUAAGAGCCCUUCAAUUUCAAGAACAGUGUUCAGGAUGAAGAGUCUUCUCCUAUUCUUUGUACUCGUGGUAAUAAGUGGUAGAAGUGAAGGUUCAUGGUUAAUGAGCCAACCCUUCGAUGAUUUUGGAUUGUGGCACAGAAAUAACUUUCUUGACUUUGUCAACUGGGAUCCAUUCGAAGACGAUCCGUUGGAAAUGACCUUUUUCCACAACCAAGAUCCUUAUUUUCCAAGAAUACACAGAACAAUUGGUGCCAGUCAUAGACCAGUUUCGUACCCACUCGUGAAACGAAAUGACGAGGACGUUUUCAAACUAGUCUUGGACGUCAAUGGAUUCAAUCCGAGUGAACUUUCGUUGAAACUAGCCGGUCGUGAGCUUCUUAUCAAGGGCGCUCACUCUUGCAACAGGAAAACACAGAUUUCUUGUUUCCAACGGACAUUCUGCUGGCGUCGCACUCUCCCGGACGAUGUGGAUCUAAAAUCUAUAAGAGCAAAGUUGUCCCAGCCAACCAUUCUAGAAAUCGAGGCCAAAAAGCUCAAAGAAAACGAACGUGACGUACGGAUUGACCGUCUGGAUAGUUUGGGUGAUCAGUCACAGAGAAACAGUAAGACAAACAGUCGAUUUGACGAGACGAGGUCCAUUCAAAGACGAGAUAACAAUGUCAAAACUUUUCAGGAAAUGGAUGAGGCCACAGUUGAGGUAGUUCCGGAUGACGAUGUAGAAAGUGACUCCCAGUGAAGCGCAAUUCGUA